AUGGAACUCCGUAAGUGCUUAUUCGAGGCUAGAGGUGAAUCUGUUUGUGCCGAGUCCGGCGGCAAGUUAAUAAAACUUUCAGACUGCAAGAGCAGUAUCGACGAUUCACUGCGAAAGUUGAACGUCCACAGUCAUUUUCAGGAGCAACUCCUCGAAUAUGACGUGAUCCUCAACAGAUCAGGUCUAGCACACGACCUUUCGUUCGAUCAACUUGAGCGGCUCUGGAUAUGUGAAAAACACAGAAACGACAUGGGGAAAUACUGGCGACCUCGAUCGUCAAAUUUCAAUUACAUACCUCGCUUUCAUUGAAUUCGAACCUGCCAGUACCCACUGUAUCGUCCAGGCCCAAAGAAAAAGCUUAGAACGAGAAAUGCUGUACACGCAAGUAUGUCACGCGAAAUUAUUCUAAUCUUUGGAAAUAACGUUCCAAUAGGAUCCCGUGAGUAUAAUCUAUAUUUUGCCCAUGUUACCUUUUGUUUAAAGCUCCUGUGCAUUUUGGCAGAAAUCUAUCUAAGGGAAGGCGCAAGAAACGUUGCGUGCAAAUAUAUAAUCUAAUUACGUCUCUGUUGACCGGGUUUGUGAUAUUUAUUUAUUGGGAAUUCGAGGCUUUCUAGAACAAUUGUAGUUCGUCUUCAAGUAAAAGCCUUUCUGUCUCUACGAAAUUCACUCAAUUUCAAUUUGUCCAAUAUGUUCAGUACGUUUCCUCGAUCUUCCCGUCGAAAUUAUAAACUGUAGUAGUAUCGGUUGUUUUGUUUUUUAAUUUUCCUUUUCAAGUACAGUUGUGAAAAAAAGGCCUGAAAAAGUUCAGGCUUGCAGGGGAUUCGAACCCUGAUCUUUGCGAUACUGGAGAAGCGUUCUAAGUGAGCUAGCAAGUCAACUGGAAGGAAUUAAACUGGCUCGAUGAAAUAUACCCGGAAAAGAUAAAGAUGAAAUAAUGAUCAUUAUUUGACUAAAUAAUGUAAUAGAAAAAUAAGGUAGUUUGUCAGCAGUUAAGGCUGCUAGAAAGGUUUGUAAUAGACGCAUGUUGAUAACACCAGAAAUUUCUAGUGCUGUAAAUUUCGCUCGUUUGAACCGUUCUGUGUCUCCUUCACUUGUUUUAAAGAGCUCUCCGGUUUCGAGGUGCGGUAUGAAAAGAGCGCGCCGGGGCCUGAUGCACAAUUCCUGUUCUCUCUGUGUCUGUUUGUUUGUUUUGAUUCAGUCAUUUCUUUCUCGCGAUUUAUCUCAUUAUUUCGCUACUUUUAUUUUCAGUGAUCUGUAUAUCUUGCUUUAACUCACACAAAGUCAAGCUUGAAGAAAAUAAUGCUCUAUUGAAACAGAAAGGAGGCGAAGACACCAACGAACAGGAUGAUAACCCUUCAAGGUGCAUAAUUUCCGUCGCAAAAUAUCAGUAUCUGUACGUAGCUAUAAAUUACGUAACUAUUGAUGAAUUUCAACGUAAAUGACUCCAAAUUAAACACAUUUCUUUCUAGAUACAGAAAUAUUGUUCAGUGUGUUGUAUUAAAAAGGUUUCGUAUCACUUCAUUUUUAUUUAAUAGGGACAGGUUUUAUGUGCGCAGCUUACUACAAGUCCUCUUUGUUUUAUUUUAUGAACUUUUUUAUUUAACGUCUCAACGACAAUGAGGAUAAUAAUCAGGUAAAAGGAAAACUUGAAUCCGGUAUGUGUUAAUUUUUAUUUCCUUAAUUGUACAGACUAGUAAAAUGUAUCGCAUCUCUGAAGAUCUCAGCUGCGGUAUCUUCUACGCCUUCGGUGACACCGGCAGCAAAAGCAGCUGAGUGGACGACGGGGUGGAGGCCUUCGGACUGUAGCUCUGGGGAGGAGGAUGUUGCUGAAAGCGUGGCAGAGUCCGCCAUAUCAGAAUUCAAUGCCGCCAUGGGGAAGCUUAAUGAGGUUUCUACUACUAGACAGGUCAGUCCCUUAACGUUUCAGUUAAAAACGACGUGGGAUGAGGCAAAAGAGCACGAGAAAGAAGUGUGCAUCGAUAAGGCUACUGAAGCCUGUAGCCUCGUGUGUGAGAUUAUAGCGCCAAAGGCUGCACAGGAGCUACUUCAGUCCUGUUGUAUUCCUGAUACAAAGGCAGACUAUGAGGAUCUUGUACCACUGAUGCAAGCCUACAACGCUGCUAAGACAAGAAACGUGAAGACUCAAAUUCUGAGCCUUUAUGCUUAUAGAUAUCCAGCGAGGACGCUUCAGAGGAUCCACGAACCAUUUGCGAAGCUAACAUCUUGGCAAAUCAAACGCGCUAGAGCUCACGCAAGGGAAUGCAGUCCAGGCUCCUUAGUAGAAAAGCCGCCUUCUCAUAGGGUUCGACUUCUCCCAGCGAAACUUGACCAUUUCUUAGACUUUGUUAACCGGCCAUACUUUUAUCAAGAUGUUGCAUUUGGUACAAGGAAACUGAAACUUAAAAGCGGCGAGAAACUCACAAUGCCAAACAUCAUACGUAAAGUAACAAGAGCAACAAUGAUCAGGCAAUAUCUAAAGUUCUGUGAAGAAGAACAAUACGAGCCCCUAAGUCGCGCGAGUCUAUUUCGUGUUCUCGAAGUACGGGAGGCCUCACAACAGAAAUCCUUGAGUGGUUUAGACAACACAGCUGCCGAUGGGUCAGCGGCGUUCGAGCGCCUACAACGAAUAGUAGAGGAGCUUGGUCAUAUUGGCCUAGAGAAGAGCUUGGCAGAUGAUAUAAGUAGAUCUCUUCGGGACGGUAAGAAGUAUUUGAAAACAGAAUAUCAGAAGAAUUGCAAAGAUAAUGAGAGCUCAUGUCCAGAUCAUUGCCGUAAGUUGGGUCUAAGUGACCCGAAUGAUCCAAAUUUUCAAGAGAAAUGUACACAUGAACAUACUCUUAGCUGCCCUCAAUGUGAUGACAUCACUUCCUGUUUGCAUAAAUUGCAACAAACCGUCAAUGACAGUGAAAGCUUACGCUUUUACAGCAAAGAACAGAAAGAAGACUUCUUGUACGACAUCGAGAAAGCUUCAGAUGCUAUUGUACAGUGGAAAGCCCACAUUAUGAGAGCUGUAAACCAGGAAUGUGCGAAACAAGAUAUACUGGCAGAGCUUGAUCAGGAUUCGUGCCUUCUAGUAAUGGAUUGGGCUAUGAAGUUCUUGCAGCUUCGUUACAGAGAAAAACAAACUGAUUGGUAUGGCAAGAGAGGGCUCAGCUGGCACAUCACUAGUGUCGUGACCAAAGACAUGUCCGGCGUAACUGAGGUUAUCUCUCACGCGCACCUAUUUGAUCAGUGUACACAGGAUUGGUUCUCAGUAGCUUCAAUUCUAGAAGUCCCUCUGACAAAAAUAAAAGCCAGGAAUCCUCUCAUCCAAAGAGCAUAUUAAAAGUCAGAUAAGGCUGGUUGUUAUCGUAACAGCUCCUUGAUUUCUGCUGUAAGAGAUAUCGUAAAGAGGAGUUGGUGUUACAGUACAUAG